UCUCGAUGCACGUCCCGCCUCCGCGCUGGCCUCUCCAGUUCACGCGAUAGCCACUCCGAAGCCUACUUUAAUGUUUGCGAUUGCUAGCGACGAUGUGGAGCAAGUUCGUCAGGUGCUGGAAAGUGGAGAUGCUGGGCCGAAUGAUCAAGUUGGCCCUCAGUCUGCUUUGGCUUUUACUCUGACAAAUGAUCGGAUUAUCAACAAAGUUGACAUUAUCAAAGCUCUACUGUCUUAUGGUGCUGAUCCAGGAGCUUUGAAAAAUCCUGACUUUAAUCCUCCUCAGCAUGGUACAGAGGCCGCUCCACUCAACACUCCGCACGCAACUACUCUAGAUGGCAUGGAUCCAGCUACAAGAUAUUACAUUUCGAAGGCAGAUGCGAUCCACACUCGCCAGACAUCUCAGCUUAUUCAUCGAUCCGUUUUCCGACCAUUGACUAAAGUUCGAUAUGAUCUCGUUGGUCAGGACCGCGUACUGGAACAGCUUUUCCGCGUCUUGAACAUGCAAUCUCAGCAGCUUUCCGUGGCUCCUAUUGUCGUAUUGCUUUGUGGGCCUAGUGGACAUGGAAAGAGUUUGCUUGCGCGCAAGUUUGGUUCUCUUCUUGACCUUCCUACUCAUACUGUGAAUAUGACUACAUUGCGUUCCACUCAUGACAUAUGGCAAUCUUACUCUAUGAGUCCUUAUGAGGAGCCUUCUUCAUCUACACUUGCUCAAUUCCUCCUAGACCAUGAGGGUGAACGGUGUGUGGUUGUGUUAGAUGAGAUUGAAAAGACGGAAGACGAAAAAGCGCUUUGGUCUCUUUUGAUGCCAUGGGAGUUAGGUCGUUGCUCUGUUGAGGCAGGAAAACGCCAUGUUGAUGUUCGAAAUGUGGUAUGGCUUGGGACAUCGAAUAUCGGUCAUGACUUGGUCUUUGAAUAUCACGAAUCCCGCGAAGACCCCGAUAUUUCUGUCUCUCGGGAAGAAUACGUAGAACUGAUGGCUCUUAUGAGACCUCGUGUAUCUCAGCGUCUUGGGGCGUCUUUAUUGUCGCGUGUCACAACGGUUCUCCCUUUUGUUGCUUUCUCCUUAGAAGAGAAGAGGGCUAUUGCUGCAGAGGCCAUAUAUUCGCUUGCUGGUGACAUGGUGAGGACCAUGUCACCGCAGCAGAUCGAAUCUAUGGUCGUAAAGGCCUUACCCCACUAUCUUGCUGCCGAAGGCGCACGAUCCCUGUACAGAGCUAUAUCGAGUCAGCUCGUGGAAAUGUGAUACACAUUCAUGAUAUAUACUCACUCUAUAGACAUGAGCUACGGUUUCAGGACUGCCUUCCCAUGUUCAGGAGGCGUCGUAGCUGUGGGAUAUGGAUUUGCCGUUAAUGGUAGUCUUCUCCCUUGCACCGGCGAAUUGAGAUGAUGUAGUUGUGGUUGCUAUCACUGCCUUGGGCGCCUAUGGGGAUCUUCGGUGUACAGUUCAUGUUCUACUAUAAGCUGGUAUCUUAAUUAACUUUCUAUGUUCAUCUUUUGAUCAGUCUGAAAAUGAUAGAUGGUCCCGA